AUGGCGCCAAAGGCAAAGAAGGAAGCCCCUGCCCCUCCCAAAGCCGAAGCCAAAACAGAGGCUUUGAAGGCCAAGAAAGAAGUGUUGAAAGGCGUCCACAGCCACAAAAGAAAGAUCCAGACGUCAUCCACCUUCCGACGGCCCAAAACACUGCGGCUCAGGAGGCAGCCCAAAUAUCCUUGGAAGAACGCCCCUAGGAGGAACAAGCUUGACCACUAUGCCAUUGUCAAGUUCACCCUCCCCACCCAGUCAGCUAUGAAGAAAAUAGACGACAACACACUGAUGUUCAUUGUGGAUGUCAGGGCCAGCAAGCACCAAAUCAAACAGGCUCUGAAGAAGCUCUAUGUCAUUGAUGUGGCCAACACUCAGGUCAGGCCUGAUGGAGAGAAGAAGGCAUAUGUUCGACUGGCUCCUGACUACGACACUUUGGAUGUUGCCAGCAAAACUGGCAUCAUCUAA